GCUGUUGAGUUUGUAGCAGGAAGUUGGAAUGUAGGGAGAGCCGGAAGAGGAUCUGUUAGGAGUAAAAACAGCAGUAUUUUCUAAGUGCAGAGCUUCUGUCGACGCUAUUUUAUUGUUAUUAUUUUUAACUGAACUUCACCGGAACAGAAUUUGCAGAUAAAAUGUGGCGAGCAGCGGCCGGCCAGCCCGUCUCUGUCGACGUUCCCGACGGUGGAGACGACUGGGAGACGGAUCCAGACUUUGAGAACGAUGUAACAGAAAAGGAACAGCGCUGGGGUGCCAAGACUGUGGCGGGUUCUGGACAUCAGGAACACAUUAACAUCCACACACUGCGUGAGAACGUCUCUACUGAGCACAGCCACCUGAAGCAGCAGGAGCUGGAGACCAUGCCCAAGGCCUCCCAUGGGUACGGGGGCAAGUUCGGCGUGCAGCAGGACCGUAUGGACAAGUCUGCUGUGGGCCACGAGUACCAGAGCAAACUGUCCAAGCACUGCUCCCAGACGGACACGUCCAAAGGCUUCGGAGGCAAGUUUGGAGUGCAGGCAGACCGUGUGGACCAGUCUGCGGUUGGAUUUGAGUACGCUGGAAAGACGGAGAAACAUGCUUCACAGAAAGACUAUGCUACGGGGUUUGGGGGCCGGUACGGGGUGCAAGCAGACCGGGUUGACCAGAGUGCAGUAGGCUUCGAUUACCAGGGCAAAACAGAAAAACAUGAGUCCCAGAAAGAUUAUGCCAAAGGCUUUGGGGGAAAGUUCGGUGUGGAAACGGACAAGGUGGACAAGAGCGCGGUGGGCUUUGAGUACCAGGGGAAAACGGAAAAGCAUGAGUCUCAGAAAGAUUACGUGAAGGGCUUUGGGGGGAAGUUUGGAGUUCAGACUGACCGGCAGGACAAAUCAGCCAUGGGCUGGGACCACCAGGAGAAACUCCAGCUCCACGAGUCCCAGAAAGAUUAUAAGCGGGGUUUCGGAGGGAAGUACGGGGUAGAGUUGGAGAAGCAGGACAAAUGUGCACUUGGCUUUGAGUACAAGGAGAAACUGGCAAAGCACGAGUCACAACAAGACUACGCCAAAGGCUUUGGUGGGAAAUUUGGCGUCCAGCAGGACCGAAUGGACAAGAGUGCUGGCACUUUUGAAGAAGUUGAAAAGCCAACCCCCGCCUAUCAAAAAACUAAACCUGUUGAAGCAGUUGGCAGCAGCACGGGGAGCAUCAAGGCACGCUUUGAGAACAUCGCCAAACAGAAGGAGGAGGAGGACCGCAAGCGGGCGGAGGAGGAGAGGCUGCGCCGCCAGGCCAAGGAGAGGGAGGAGCAGGAGGCGGCCCGCAGGAAGACUGAGGAGCAGGCCAAAGCCAGGCCCCCCUCCCCGGACCCCAGCCCUGCACUGGCUGCAGAGUCCCAGCAGCAGGAUAUGCCCACCAGCCACCAGUAUGAGGACGCUGGCGCCUACGAGACCACGGUAGAGAACGGGUCCCAUGCGCACCAGCUGGAGCCCAGCGGCCCUGAGGAGCCGCGGGAGGAGCCGCAGGAGGAGCCGCUCUACCAGGACCCUGAUGAGGAGGCCCCCGACCGUGCAGAGGGCCAGGCCUAUGCAGAGUAUGGGGAAGAUUUGGGGGUGACGGCUGUGGCUCUCUAUGAUUACCAAGCAGCUGGCGAUGACGAGAUCUCCUUCGACCCCGACGACAUCAUUACCAACAUAGAGAUGAUUGACGAGGGUUGGUGGAGGGGCGUGUGCAAAGGGGCCUAUGGGCUCUUCCCCGCAAACUAUGUAGAGGUCCGGCAGUGAGCUGUUCUGCCCUCGAACCUGCCACCCUGCCUUGCUCACAUACACACCCACCCACACACACACAUACACACCCAUUCACCCACACACGCACCCGCACACAUACACACCCAACCACACACAUACACAUACAUACAAACACACACAUACACACCCACAUACACACCCACCCACCCGCACACACACACACACACACACACACAUACACACACAUACACAUGUGCACACACACAUGCACACGUACACACAUGCACACAUACACAUGCACACACGUGCACACACACAUGCACACGUACACACAUGCACAGUUACAUACAAACACACACAAACACGCACACACACACCUACACAUGCAUACGCGUACAAAUACAUACACACACAUGCACACACUGCACACACACAUACACACGCACACACUGCACACACACAUACACACGCACACACUUUUAUUGAUCAAAUAAAUCCUGAGUAACAACCAAAACUUGCACACCUACAGCUCUCCAGGACCAGGGUUGAAAAUCCCUACCUUAUACCCCAUUCUCGUAUUUUCACGCUCACUCUACCUCUCUCUCUCUUACUUUUGCUCUCUCUCUCUGUCGCACUCUUUCUCUCUCUCACACACACACACACACACACACACACACACACUUUGUUCUAGAUCUACCAUUCUGUAGGUUUUCAUUUCAGUCCUAAUUUGGUACGUUAGGGUUGGAAUGAAUCUGUUCCUGUCCUCCAACUCUGCUUCAUUUAGAGUGAGACUAAUCAGAACACUUGCAGUCUUGAUUUGCCUCCUCUUUGAGAAACAUAGACAGGAAGUUUCAUUAUGGGCAACAGAUCACCUAUGUAUUUCCCUUAAAUUCUUUUUUUUUUUGUAUAUGCAUAUACCUGAAAAUAACUUUUCCCACCCCAAUGUAUUGAUCAGGCAUUAAUACCUUGUUGCUAGUUCUGAGUUUAGGACCAAAGAUGAGUGCAGUCUGUUUGGUUUGGUAUGGGUACUAGGAGCCCAGGCUUUUGUAGUGUGGAAGAAUGCAUCACACUGAGCUUUAGAACUGUUGUGCUGCUCGGAGCAGACUGCUGCUUGCUUUCUCACUUGUGUCAUGACACCACACAGCAUCAUGGGAUAUAAUUUACACUUGCAGCUCGCAUUCACUCCUGUUCUAUCCUCACACACUGGAAUGCAAAUCGCUGAUUGUUGUUUGAUGACAGAAAAGUGAAAGGAGAAAAUCGACUUGCAGUUAAGAUGAGGCAUUACAUCAUGUAUUGUGUUACAGACCUGUCAAACAUACUUUAGAGGAAUUAAAUGUAGGUUAGGGGUCUUUUUAAUCUAUCACAAAGUGUUAAGCAAAAACAGUACAAUCUAGCGUCAAAUUAAGGGCACUUUACUGCAACAUUAACAUUUUGAAAAAUUUAUAAGAUUAGGUUACAAAUUCAGUGUACAUUACAAAUAAAAGCAAAUUUUUGGUAGCUGAACAGUUUGUGGUAGCUUGACUUGACCCCUUACAACACUGGUUAAGUGAAUGUCAUCAGAGUGUUUGGUUAUGUAAAUGAAAUAUUACACAUUUUUAUGAUUGGGUGUUUGAAAAUGUAUAAUAAGAAGAAUAACAAAAGCAAUUAAGAUGGAGUGUGUAUAUAUGUUUAUGGGCAUGCCAUGCUGAUUCUGUUUUAUCUUCUGUGUUAAAUGAUGUGCUAAAUUGGGGCCAUGUAACUUACCAUCAAUACAGUUUAUCAAAAAGUAAAUAAGACGACAUUUAAAGCACUGACUGAGAUAAUUAAUAUUAAAUUGAUUAUUUUAAGAGGUUUUGGAUGAAGACGAUCUGUAAAAUCUCACCUAUGUUGUUCCUCACAGGCUAGUUGUAUUGAUUUCUCGGUAGAGAACUUUGAGUGUUUAAAUAACUGAUUGGGGUUUGGGUUUUAUAAUAAAGUGACCUUUUCAGAAACAUUG